UUUUAUGUGUCUAGAAUGGACGCUCUAAGGAGGCAUUCCCCCGUUGCUGCUGCUCCUGAGGGAACGACUGAGCUCAAGAAAAGUGCAGUAGGCUUUGAAGAAAAGAUUUAUGCUGCUGCUGUCAAUCAGUCAUAUUAUCUGAGAAAGAUUUCCUUGAAAUUGCUCUCCAUGGAGUCUAAGACCGAACAGAAUACUCCAAUGAACCCUUUACCUGGCAUUAACAAAAAUUCUACCGACGCAGGUGUGGUGGGCAAGGCUGGCAACUCGCGUGGAGGUGCGACCUCAGAAGAGACCGCAGCAGCUGCGACGACUAAAGAAGUGGCAUAGAAAGGUAACUCACUACGGCUGGAACAAAUUCUGCAACUUGACAGCAUAUUUUUGCGCUAUUGUUAUGGCCUCCAAUGUCGUCUCAACAAUGGCCGCUUCCAUCUAUUUUGUUAUGGUUAAACUUUCCACUGUCAUCAUUCACUUGAGAUUUUAGUAUUGGUAUUUGAUCUGAAUUUGUUUUUUGUUGUAUGUCUUUUAUUUAGGAUUCGUUUGGGACGGCUUUCGUACUGCUUUUUAAAGCAACUUUUUAAUACAACAAAUAAAUUUUUUAUACUAAAAAAUUGCUUUAAGAAACAGUUAGAAAGCUGUCCCAAACGAAGCCUUAGAUAUUUGUAUGUGAAUGUAGAUAUGUUUGUGCGCUUUCAUUUUGCUAUAUAUAUGGUGUGUACGAGAAUUACCUUUUUCUCGAAUGUAUUUAUCAUCUAAUGAUAUGAAUCAUCUUGUCUGAAGCA